AUGCCUCUCAAAUCCGACCUCACAAUUGACGCGUCGAAAUUCGACCGUAGUCUCAGCGACAAGGAAACAACAGAGUUUAAUAAGAAAUUGAUUCAGAUCUGGAAAGAUGGACCUAGGUGGUACGAGGUCGGCGCAGCGGAAUACCGCAAACUUCGUUGGGAAGGACAGACACCACUUCCAAAACCCAUUGUCCUUCCCGAAGGCAUAAACGGCACCAUCCCAUCGCGCGACGCCGGAAGAGAAAUUACAUACCGCAUCUUUAAGCCCGCGAGUGGUGUUUCCAAGGGCGUUCACCUACACAUACAUGGUGGCGGCUGGGUGCUGCAGUCCGAAGCUUAUCAAGACCCAUACCUAAAAUACAUGGCGGAUAACUACGAGGUGACUGUGUGGUCCGUGGGGUACCGUCUCGCGCCAGAAGACCCCUGGCCGGCAGGCGUGAACGACUGCUACGAUGCUGCAGAAUGGCUCGUUGAUAACGCGGAGAAGCUCUACGGUGGUCCGCUUAUGUUCACUGGUGGGGAAUCCGCCGGCGGCCACCUCGCUGCCCUCGUUUCUUUCCACCUCCUCGAGACGCGCCCAAAUUUCGCCUUCAAAGGCCUCCUCCUGCACUUCGGCUGUUACGACAUGGCUCGCUUCUUCCCUCACGUACACCACCAUGAACUAGAAUUGGUCAUCGAUCUUGACAUCAUGCAAGCUUACAUCAAAGCCUUGCUACCCAACACGACUCACGAGGAGCGCUGCCACCCGUCAAUCAGCCCCUUCUACAAGGACAUCAGAGGCUUGAAGCUGCCGCCGGCAUUAUUCACUUGUGGAUCAGAGGACCCGUUGUUGGACGAUACCGUGAUGAUGGGCGCCAAAUGGGGCAUGUGGGGGAACGAGAGCGUGGUGAAGAUAUACAAUGGGGCACCGCAUGGUUUCAUUGCGUUUACAAGAGGUGUAAUCAAGGCGGUUGAUGAGGGCUUGGAGGAUACGGUCACCUUCGUCAAAGAAAAGAUGGCGCAGUGA